AUGGAAGACGGUGGCCGCGAUGGAGGUAGGGAACGAAGCCGAGGCCGAGGAAAAGGUAGGGGACGGAGACCAGAACCCGAAAGGGUAGAAAAUGAAAUUUCGAACCACCAAGCUGAUAACCAAGUAGCUACAGCCAUACAACGGAUGACAGAAUUACUGGCACGAAUGGUGGACCAACAGGGUCAGGGUCAUGGGAAUAGUGCCGAAAACCCUGUAAAUAAUUCGGGCAAUCACGAGGGAGUGGACCGUGCCCUCGAACGGUUCCAAAAAUUUGCACCCCCGAAAUUCAUAGGUGAACCUAGCCCUGACUUAGCUGAGAGAUGGAUGGACCGCAUGAUGGAUAUAUUCGCUGUGCUCGGGUAUUCAGAGGAACGGCAGACCCCCUGGACUUGGGUCAAUUUCACCCGUGAGUUUAAUGAGAAGUAUUUGCCACCGAUUGUUCAAGAAAGGCGAGAAGAGGACUUUAUCCGCCUGCGUCAAGGGCCGUUAAGUGUGGCUGAGUACGAGACACAAUUUACCAAACUCUCCCGUUUUGCUCCAGAGUUAGUACUAACAGACCGAAAGAGAAUUCGUCGAUUUGUCCAGGGGUUAAACGUGGAAAUACAAGAGGCACUGGCGGCUACCCAGUUGGAUACAUUCAGCCAGACCCUGGAAAAGGCACAGCGAAUAGAGACGGCAAGGAGUCAAGUGAAAGCUUUCCGUGACAAGAAGAGGACACCAUCUGACACCUAUACCUACACUGGUGAGCAAAGCUCGAGAAGCGAGCCGCCUAGUAAGAGAAGUAAGGAAGUCAGUGGUACACGACCAGUGGGGACUCCGAAUCAAGGUAAAACAAAGGAAGAUCAGGCAGGAAAAAGGCCCCAAAGUGGUGUCUCACAUGGGGAAUCAAUGUUGGGAACCAGAAGAGUAUGUGAUGUUUGUGGGGCCACUAACCAUACGGAAGAUACCUGUUGGAAGAAAGAGAAAAAUCGGCGAUGUUUCCGAUGUGGUAGCAAUGAACACCUAGUUGCUCAGUGCCCUCAGAAGUCGAGGGGAGGAAAUAAAUCAGGGACGAGGGGAAACAUUUCUAGGCCGAUCAGGAACACCAAAGGUUUGCACCCUAGGGCCGCCGGGGCAGUGCUGGUGGAUUAG